UGCAAUUCAAUUGGGUUUGUUCUUAGUAAUCUUCUGUAAUUCACUUAUACAGAAUGGGUUGCAGGUCUUGCUGCCGUGAGAGCAACUACAAGAAGGGACUCUGGUCUCCUGAGGAAGACAGAAAAUUAGUAGCUUUCAUUACCACGUAUGGCCAUGGAUGUUGGAGCACCGUGCCCAAGCUAGCAGGUUUGCAGAGAUGUGGGAAAAGUUGCAGACUGAGAUGGAUAAACUACUUGAGACCCGGCCUUAAACGGGGUGCCUUCUCUAUUCUUGAAGAGAAGCUCAUUAUUGAAGCACAGGGAGUCCUUGGAAACAGGUGGUCCAUGAUUGCUAAGCUUCUGCCUGGUCGAACAGACAAUGAGAUUAAGAAUUUUUGGAAUUCUUGCAUUAAGAAGAAGCUCAUUUAUAUGGGCAUUGACCCCAAGAAGCACAGAUCCAAUGUUUCAUCCAGUGCAUUGCAUGUAAAUGAAACUUUUGCAGCUCAGGGGAAGCCGUUGUGCGCACAGAAUUGCACUAAUCUACAGAAUUGCUCUAAUGCCAUGGAAACCCAUAAUUCAGAUGCUGUUUCCGGAGUUUCUGGCUCUAUUGAUUCUGCAGAUUGUGUUUCCGCCAUUGAUGUAGCAGCAGCAGUUGAGGAUUUUUUGGAAAUAGAUAAGUGUAAUGAUCUGAAUUUCUUGGAAACAGAUAAGUGUAAUGAUCUGAAUUUCUUGGAAAAUUCAGAUCAUGUUUUGAGCUGCUACAGUGAGGCAAUUUUGUCUGAGCUUGGAGAAGGAGAUGGGAGCAAACAAGUCUGGGAAGAAAUCCCUAGUAUGAUUGGAGAGGAGGAAUUUGGCAGUCCAAAAGUGGAGAAUAACGCUGGAUUUCACUAUCCCACUCAGCAGAUCUCCGCGUACGACCUCAAUUGCGGGCAUUGGGCAUUCCAUUAAAAUGGCUUACUUGUUAUCGUACUACUUACUACAGGCUUAUAUGCUUAAGCACCUGAUUUGAUCUGUUCUUGGUAUUAUUAUUUGGAAACAGCAUUGUAAUGAGAAUCUGACGCAAAAAAUGUUCUUGUAAAGAGAGACAGCAGCAGCCACUUCCAGUCUUUAAGGGUUCUUGUACAAAAAUGUUCUCUACGAGGUGCUUAAUAAUAAUAAUAUUGAUCCAAUGUUCAUUAUAAUAUUAAUUCGAUGUUUG